UUGCUUGAGUGGUUAAGAUUGUAUUACAAAAUCUUACUUCUGCCUUUUAAAUGCAGUAGACGGCGGAUACAAAAAUGAUAGUAAAGUUAAUUUAUUUGGCAUUUCUGUUGGAGGUUUUUAUCUCAGCUGUUGAAGGAUGGAGCUGUGUCUCAACAGCCGAAAAGGUCUACAGUAGAAUAAACGCAAAUGCAGUUCUUCAGUUUGACAUCUCAGCUGAUGUAAACCCCUCUUAUAGUAUCACAUUCAAUAUUCAGUUUUAUAAUGGUACUGUAAUAGCACUUGUAAGAUACAAGUCAAAUGGAGAAAUCACAACACAAAAAUUACCCGGUGUUGAUAUAACGGCUGAUGCUGCAGGAAAUGUUGCGGUUACACUGAUUAAUGUUGGAGAAGACAAUCAAGGUGUAUAUUUUAUUUCUGGUGCAGGACGUCCUGCCAGAUGUAACUGCUUGUACAUAUUAGGCAUCCCUUCUAAGGCAAAAAUAUCAGUUAUUGGAAACCCAAAUGUAGGAAGCAGUAUGACUUUAACUUGCACGAGUACUUCAACUACCAGACCUUAUAAUCACAGUCUUAGUCUAACAUACAACUGGAAGGUAAACGAUGUUUACAAUCCUAGUGGUACGAGGUAUACUUACUCUACCAGCAGAAAAACAUUGACCCUUUUGCGGAUUGAACAGGAUGAUAUUGAUAAACAGUUUACUUGUUCAAGUACAGAAAACGUCAAUGAUGGCUACACAUCGAACAACAGUGUUCAAACAUCUCUGAGGGCUAUCUACGGACCAAGAAACAUUUACUUUAGUCCGACUACUACUAAUUACACAAGAGCUGAAUACACCGAUUUUAACCCUGUGACCUGCAUGGCUAUCUGUAACCCAGGAUGCAAAUUCCAGUGGACUAAGAUAGGCGAAGUACAAUCUUCUUCCAAUACAUCUGAACUAAAUCUGAAAAAUCUGACUCGAACACAGGCUGGAACGUACAUAUGUACUGCAAUGACGUCAUUCAUUGAGAAAAUAUCUCGUAAUCAAUGCAAUUUAUGGCCCAGAUACGGCAAAUAUCAGUGUUCAUUCUCCAUACAAUCUUACAGAAGGUGAAGAUCAAAGAAACAUCACUUGUUCUUCUGACUGUUAUCCAGGAUGUACAUAUAGUUGGAAAAAUAUGUCUAGUGGUCGAUAUAUAAGUUCAAAUGGUUUGUUACAUCUUCAGUAUGUGAACAGGUUUGUGUCAGGAAGGUACAUAUGUACAGCAAGAAAUACAGCCAUUGAGUAUGCACAAUCUUCGGAUACUGUUGUCAUGGUUAAUGUUGAAUAUCCCGCAUUAAUUAGGUCGUUCUAUGUAGAAGGACGUGAAGGGGAAAUAUAUACUAUUGCUGAAGAGCAUGCUGAUAUACAAUUUACGUGUAUAACCGACAACAGUGUUUUGUCAACUAUCAAAAUAAUGUUCAACGA